AGUGAAGAUAGCAGAGAAAGAGUGCAUUGAACUUCAAAGGUCACGUGAUGUGGACGCGGCCACGCGGGAUAUUUAGAGUGGCUAAGAUGUACAAGAUAAGAAAACAACCGUAUUUUGGUAAAUUUGAAAAGUUGAUCUUAAUUAUAUAUUACUAGUGCAACGCACGGGCAUAACAAGGAAAUAAUAAAAAGCAUAUUUUUUAUUGAGAGAACGGAGAAACGAACUGAAGAGGAGGAGGAGGAAGUAAAUAUGAUGAUGAAGAAGAAGAAAUUGAGAAUGGAGGGACAACGUAAAUGAUGGGAAUGAAUCUCUUUUUCAAUUUGGAUUUCCACUAUAGGAGACACCCUCUUUUCAAGGAUGGUUAUAGGAUAGGAUAGGAUAUAUAUUUUUUAUAAUUAAAAUUAAUUAUUAAAAAUUAUUGAAAUAUAUACACUAAUACACGGGAAAGCUUUCCUAUAUAAUAUAAGAUCUGUUGCCAUAUGGUUAACUUAAUGAUUAUUAUUAUUUAUUUAUGCAUGAAGUUUUACACAGGAACCGCUUCAUUACAUUCCCAACCCUCAAAAGCUUCACCUUUGUUAACGCAAUUCCUCAACAGUUCUACAACCAUUCUUCAUCUUAAACAGACCCAGGCCUUCGCUCUUAAACUCCUCUCUCACCAACCGCAUCAAUACAAUCACUUCUUGGGUCGUUUGUUUCUGAGGAUUUUCUAUCUUAAUGCCGAAAUAUCUAAUCUCUGCUAUGCCCACAAACUGUUUGACGAAAUGCCAAACUGCCCAAACAGCUUCGUUUGGACAUCCCUUAUUCGCGCGUUUAUAUCUGGUACCCAAUUUCGCCAUGGAAUUUCCACCUAUGCUAGGAUGCACCAAAAUGGGGUCUUGCCAUCUGAGUUCACCUAUUCCACAGUCCUCAAUGCAUGCGGACGUAUCCCCGCCACGUUCGAAGGGACACAAGUUCAUGCAAGGGUGGCGCAGUCAGGUUUCUUGGGGAACAAGUUUGUGCAAACCGCUUUACUUGACAUGUAUGCGAAGUUUGGUAGUGUUUUCGAUGCAAGGGUAGUGUUUGACGGGAUGUGUGAUAGAGACCUAGUUGCAUGGACGGCAAUGAUUUGUGGGUAUGCCAAGGCGGGGAUGAUGAUUCAUGCGAGGUGGUUGUUUGAUAACAUGGGGGAGAAGAAUUCUUUUACUUGGACUACUAUGGUUGCAGGGUAUGCAAAUAGUGGCGACAUGAAAUCAGCCAAGAAAUUGUAUGAUGCCAUGGACGAGGAGAACAAGAGUGUGGUCACGUGGGUAGCAAUGAUAGCUGGUUAUGGGAAGUUUGGUAAAGUAAGUGAAGCAAAAAGAGUGUUUGAUAGGAUAUCAACGCCACGUGAUCCGUCAGCAUGUGCAGCAAUGCUGGCUUGUUAUGCCCAAAAUGGGUAUGCAAAGGAAGCUAUUGACAUGUAUAAGGAAAUGAGGCAAUCAAAAAUUAAAAUCACUGAGGUGGCAAUGGUGGGUGCUUUAUCAGCAUGUGCACAACUUAGGGAUAUUCAAAUGUCAAGUACAUUGACAGAACAUGUUGAGGAGAGUAUUUAUGAUAGGAUAUGUAUUAUAUCCAAUUCAUUGAUCCACAUGCAUUCCAAAUGUGGAAACAUAAACUUAGCUUGGAUGGAAUUCAGUAGAAUGAAAUACAGAGAUGUGUAUAGUUAUAGUGCAAUGAUUGCAGCCUUUGCUGAGCAUGGGAAAUCACAAGAUGCUAUAGAUCUUUUCCUAAAGAUGCAGAAGGAAGGAUUGCAGCCAAACCAGGUUACAUUCGUGGGUCUCCUCAAUGCAUGUAGUUCUUCAGCUCUCAUCGACGAAGGUUGUAGAUAUUUUCGGACUAUGACUGAGGUAUUUGGUAUUCAGCCCUUACCCGAGCAUUAUGCUUGCAUGGUAGAUCUGCUUGGGAGGGCUGGGCAACUUGAAAGGGCAUACUGUCUCAUAAAGCAGAAUGCAAGCGCCGAUGCAAUCACCUGGGGUUCUUUAUUAGCAGCUUGCAGGGUUUAUGGCAAUGUGGAAUUGGGUGAGACAGCUGCUAGACAUCUCACCAUGAUUGACCCUGAGGAUUCAGGAAAUUAUGUGCUUCUAGCAAACACUUAUGCAUCGAAGGACAAAUGGGAACAUGCAGAAGAAGUUAGGAAGUUCAUGAGUGAAAAGGGAAUGAAAAAACCUUCAGGGCAUAGUUGGAUACAAAGAGAGAUAAGUGGACAGUUUAGAGAUGAAAUAUUUUGAUUGUUAAUCUUCUGCUUGUUAGAUAUAUUAUUUCUGCCAAUGUAAUGGCAUGAAUUCCUCUUCUGCAUUUCCAAAGGUCUUUCCAAUGGUGGAUGCUAGAGAAGAAGCACAUUCGUUGUUAAUCUCUGCUCAUUGAAUAUCUGAUUUCAAUCAAUAAAAUGAUCACAUUUCUUCUCCAUCUCCAAAGAGGAUCCGAUUGGAGCUAAGGUUCAAUGCUUUUGAGAAAGGUAUAUCAGAGGGCUUGCUCAGGUUCAAUCAACGGCAGCUAAUAUUUGAAAUUGUUGUCAAUAUUACUCAAUGGCAAUGCUUAUUGGAGACAAAAUUAGCAGAUAUAUCCUUACUUCCCGGAAAUGUAUGGUAAGAUCUGUAUCAAACAAUAAUUCAUGUGAGACGAAGUUAGCAGAACAGUAUGGAAGUGAAAAGGAAAGCAUUUUGUUCAGUAUGAUCACAUUCUUUAGCGCUCUCGUUUGAGGCAGUCCUCCAUAUGCAGGGGAUACAGGAUCAACUCAAGACAAAAGGGUAACAAGAAUAAAAGAAUUCACAAUAUUUUGUGGCUUAUGGGGCCGUGAAAGAGUUUUUCUGAAAGGGUGAUGAUACAUCAUAAAUUCAUAAGUAUUUGCACAUUUAAAAUGUUCAGAGACUAAAAGUUAACUAGCACAGAAGACAACUUAAUAAAACGAGGACAAACUUGUCAUCACCCAAAAUGAACAAUCAGAUUCAACUAUUUCUUUUUCUAAUUUUUUCACAUACCUUUCCUGUUAGAGUAAUUUUUGAGCAGGUAGGAUU